UGGACGUUCACGUGUCUAGACUUGUAUAUCUUGUUUGUGCUACGUGUUUGUUUGAAGAUGGCUGAAAAUUGGAUAUUACCAGGAUUUAUUACUGUACAAUAACUUGAUAAACAAUCAUUUUAAUAAAACACAAUGGCUGAACAGACAGAUCAUGAAGUAUGCAGUAUUUGUUUAAAUGACUUUCAGGAACCUAAAAUUAUUGACUGUCAACAUUCUUUCUGUUACAACUGUCUAGAGGAUUACGUUCACAAAAUCUCAACUAAUGGUCAGUUUCCUUGCCCACUGUGCCGUCAGAAUAUUAUUGUUCCUUUAGGUGGUGUGAAUCAAUUUUCAUCUAAGCAGCAAAUGGAGAAUGACUCAACUCUACAAAUUCACCAAUGUGAUGUGUGUUUUAAUAUUCAAGCAACAUGUCGAUGUCGCGAUUGUCAACAACAUUUAUGUGAAUCGUGUAAAUCAACACACGAUAAGUUGGUUGGCUGUAAAGGACACAUCGUUGUCAAGAUAGAUGGAAUUUCAGAACAAGGAUUAAAGGAAAGUACCUUUGAGCAACCAGCUUGUGAUGUUAAAGAAGAUAUAUCUGAGAAUUCAAGAGGCGCACCCGUACACCCCGCCGAUUUCUGUCCAAAUCACCCGAAAAAGAAAACUAAAACCUACUGUAAAGAUUGUUUGGUGGCGGUCUGCUUUAAAUGCUUUCUCAAGGACCACAACGGACAUACCUAUCUGGAUCUACAAGAAGAUGAUGUGCGAGAACAAAUCAGAGACGAACUAAAUAAACUGAAAGUAGAAAUAGAAGAACAUAUCAACAAACUUCAAAAUCAUUCAACAUCUUUACAAAGUAAAUUAUCUGAAGUGGAAGAAGCAGCCAAAUCGGCUUGUGAGAACGUUGAUACGCAUGUCAGAAACAUUUGUGAUAAAGUUCACGAAAUGGGAGAAAACGUAAAAGAAGAAAUCCAGAAAACCUACAGCGAUGAAAAUGAAAAAUUCACAAAGCUGAUGACCGACAUUAAAGGUCUAACUGAAGAUUUGCAAUCUGGUGUCAAACUUUCCACCAGUAUUCUAGAAGAUACCUCAAUUGUUCAAGUUUUGGAGAGAUUGCCAAACGUGCGCCAGGAAGCGGAUGAAUGUCGUUCCAGAAAGUUAAAUAUCCCUGAUGUAUUGUAUCCAUCUUUUAAAGAAGCGGAGAUAAAUGAGACAGUUCUACGAGAACAACUCGGUGAAGUACAUGUAGAUACAUGUAUACAACAUGAAACAAGAUUUAUUACGACAUUUAAUAUAAAUCAGUUCAAAUCUGCUGAAAGUGUAUAUAGUUCUGUUACAACGUUUCAUGGUUUACCGUGGUGUGUCUUGGUACAGAAAAUGCCGACUAUCGAUCCAGGCUUUUAUCUAUGUUUAAAUAAAACAGGUCGAUGUUCAGAUAUUCUAUCAUGUCAAGUUGAUUUCUUCCUGGAACUGAUCAACCAUAGAGAUGAAAAUAAAUCGGUGACAGAACACGGUACAAAUAGUUUAAAAGACUUUCAAGAUGACCUAGGGCGGGGAUUUGAGAAUUGUAUUACCUGGGACAUAUUAACAAACCAAGGCAAUGGUUUUCUAGAUUCCGACAACAACUUCAACAUACAAGUUAUAUUGAAACUAAUGGAUGUUAAAAAGAGACAAACGUUGUUGAAAUAUAAAUAAUUAUAAAUCUACUGUUUAAACAUACAUUAUGCAAGAGCUAAAUCUGUCUAUUGCAGGUCUUUCUUUAGGCCUGAAAUGUUUUCUAAAUUAUUAAUUAGACAUUAAUUAACUUAUCCAGGCCAUAAUCAAUUCCAGAUGGCAUCGGAUUUCUCCGAUAUUAAACAGAUUAGAACAGUUCAGCGGUAUUUUGAUUUAAGCUAAAAAUGGAGGAGCAAGACUUAGCUUCAAACAACCAGUGGGGUGGUUGAAAUAAUUGCACACGUCUGGUCAAACCUUCAAAGGCUCGCAAUAGGGUCAUUCGAAUGAAAUUUUCUAUAUAUUCAUUUUACAUUAUCUAUUUUCGAACUAUUAUAGCAAGAAUUGCCAGUUCUUUAUCUAGAUUUUACAUAAUGUAUCUUUAAUUAGCAGAAAUAUAAUUUAAUUAACAGAAAUAUAAUUUAAUUAACAGAAAUAUAAUUUAAUUAACAGAAAUAUAAUACAUGUAUACAUAUGUGUCUGUGUUGUUAGGGUCAAUAUUAACUAGAUUGCGUUGAUUUCAUUUUUUUAGACCAGGAACAUGUCAUGUUUUGGAUAUGAGUUAUCCAGAAGUAAUAUAAUUAUAGAUGAAUAUAGCCUAUAUUUGUUUAUAUAGAAAAACAAAAGUCAAGUAAAAUCUAAUGAAUAAAUCUAAAAUAAUUUGUUAUAAAAUACGAUAUUGUCAGCCUUCCUGUUUGAUUACUGUUUAUCUAUAGUGUGGCCAGAUAAACUUUUAUCAUAUUCAAAUCAUGGGUCCACUUGAUUUAGUAAUAGUUAUAAAAUGACCGUUUCAAAUAUUAUAGCUUAUCUAAAUAGCGCUUAUCGUUUUAAUUUAUUAUCUAAUAUAAUACUAUCUCAAUUUCCAAAAGGAAAAUGCCUAUUGGUUUUCGGCUGUGUUGUAUUUUUUUUAAAGCGGCGCAUUUAAAAUAAUAUUCAUUAUUUAUGUGUGUUUCUGAUAUAUUAGAUAUUUCUUACAUAUGUUUUCAGGGGCGGAUCCAGGAAUUUUUGCAGGAGGGGGUUUGCCAGGUUCCUAAGACAAUGUAUCUCCCCCCCCCCCCACGCAUUGCCUCUAUCGUCAUUAUGGCGUGUAUACACACACACAUUGAGCUUUUUAAACCGGGAAAUUGUUAUUAUGAAUUAAUACAAUGACAUUGUGAUUCAAUUUCAUGGAUGCAAAGCAUCAAUUGUGAUAUCACAUAAUGUCUAUUUCAUUAUCUCGCGCUUUGAGUGCCCAUCCUGUCCCACAUCUGACGAUAAAGGAUAAAGCACACGGUAGAGAAACUUCUCAUAAAAAGAUUUGAUUUACCAAAAAAAAAUAUGUAGCUGAACAG